ACGAUGGGCCAGCAACAGAGGUGAAAGCACGAUAUGCAAUGGACGUGUGGCGUGUUCUGGAGGCGCAGGGCGAGUUCAGGCUGAACGAUUUUUUGUACGACAGUUUUGAUUGCGGAAAGGCAUGGGUGAUUGGCGGGAACGACGCAAUAGGGAGUACGGCGUGCCACGAGAGCGAUGCGAGGAGGGAUUCUAGGCCGUUCUUGCAUCUCGUGCGAGACGUUGUGGAGCGGGACAUUGCUCCGGGUAUGAGCGUGAGGUUUCAGAUGACGGCGGUGCGUGCUUUGAUGGAGGCUGCCGAGGCGUACAUGGUCGCCAAUUUCGAGAACACCAACGAGGUGGCCAUCCAUUCGAAGAGGGUGACGAUCCAGGUCAGGGACAUGAGACUGGUGGAUGGGUUGUCGAAGCCUCGCUGGGUUGAGAAAUAUCAAGAGAGAAUAGGACGAAAGACACCGCAGGUACGCAUCAUGUCGAUGUCAGUAGCACAGGUGGAGGCUGCCCUUGCAGAGGUAAUGAAGUAUGCAAAGGAAGGCGUCCACUACAACGGUGACAGCGAGUUGUCUUUGCUUCAGGACAGGGUGCCGAGGUACUUCAUAGUCGCUGUGGAUAUAAGAUCCACGAUCAUGGCAAACGGCGAGGGCUGUGUCAAAGCACGAAUACUCUUGCAACGCUUCAGAGAGUCACCACAUGUACGUGUGGACGGCGAUGUGGAAGACAGUGCAUACAGUCUAAAAGGAGCGGUCCAGUGGAUCUGCAGUGAACGGAUGUGCGAAGAAGGAGACGUGGACAUGACAAUGCAGCAGAUAAGGGGGGACAUAUACACCUGCGAACUUGGGCAAGUUGCGGGGCACUGUCGCACGGAAUGGGGGAAUGCUGGUUGAUGGGUCGAAGGACGAGUUGAAGAAUGGUGCUGCAGAAAUAUUGGCGUUGUCCAGAAUGAAGGACAUUACACAAA